CAAAAGCGGUUUAGGAAACUUUUUUGCAGUACAGACAACAUUUGGGAUGUCGGUGAAUUACGCAGAUGGUUUAUCACCAUAUGAGCAUAAAGGACCUUGUGGCCAACCAGAACUACAAGAUACUCCUGAAGAAGGAGAAAGAAAGAUAGCAGAAUUGGUAGAGUUGAUCAAAUAUAGUAAACAUAUGAUUGUCAUCACAGGUGCAGGGAUCAGUACCUCAGCUGGGAUACCUGACUUCAGGGGGCCAAAAGGAGUUUGGACUUUAGAAAAGAAAGGCAUCAAACCUGAAUUUAGUGUAACAUUUGAAGGUGCAAAACCAUCUCCUACACACAUGGCACUGGUAGCACUAGAAAAAAUGGGUGUGCUGCAAUGUGUCGUAUCUCAGAAUGUUGAUGGAUUACAUCUGAGAUCUGGUUUCCCUAGAAACAGAUUAUCUGAGCUCCAUGGUGACAUGUUUGUAGAACAGUGUGACAAAUGUAACACACAAUAUAUAAAUGCUACAGUUGUACCAACCAUGGCAUUUAGGCCCACAGGAAAUCCUUGUACACAGAGAAAGUCUAGAGGAUUGUGCAGAGGAAAAUUGAGGGAUACAAUACUGGACUGGGAAGAUGCUUUGCCUGAUGAAGAUUUGGAUAGAGCUUUUGCAAAUGCUAAGAAAGCCGAUCUGUGUUUGUGUUUAGGGACAUCUUUACAAAUCUUACCAUGUGCCAAUUUACCACUUCAAGCGAAGCGUAAUGGAGGAAAAUUUGUAACUGUCAAUUUACAAGCAACAAAACACGAAAAGAAAGCUGACAUGAAAAUUCAUGAACCUGUGGAUAAAGUUAUGACUGAGGUUUGUAGACGGCUAGAGAUUGAGAUUCCAGAGUACUAUAAUCCGGUAAUUUGUUUGGAGUCGAUGCAUACAGAAAAAUCGGAAGAAAAGUUAAAUGUUGUUGUCCGAGAGGAAUUGUUAAUGGUGGAAAAUAAAGAUCCCGUGAAAAAAGAGGAUAUUAAAAAGGAGGAUAAAGAUGAAAAUGAACUUAAGGAAGAGUUCAUUCAAAGCAAUCAGUCUCAAAACUUAAAUAGAAUUGAAGGACGUGAAAUUAAAAAAGAACAAAACACUAUGUGUGAAAGAAUAUCAGACAAUAGUCGCAAAGAAGUUAAAUGUAACAAAAAUGAUCUCAAUCAGGCAGCAGUUGUUAAUAGUGACAUAGAUACCAUUAAUGAAAUGUCAAAACUAGACAGGUCUUCACAAGGGCAAGGCAGAUCUGAUAAAGAGACAAUACUCUCAUUAAAAGAAGAGAGUGAUCAGGGUAUAGUACCAGCUAAGGGUGACGGACAUCAGCUGAAUGCUCACAAUGAUAUCUGUAUAGCUGACAGUUCAGCAAGUUUACACAUGUACAUUGUUAAUUCAUCAGAGAUACCGAAGUCACCAGACAGCAAUACAGAUAUUGAGGAUGACAAUUAUGAAAUACCUCAAAAAAUAAAAAAGUUGUAG